AUGGUGGAGGGGAGGCGAAGAGCUCCGCUCGCCGAGCAGGAGGAGGAGGAGAAGGAGGAGCGGGGCACACCGCGAUCGCUGGGCGCCCGGCCCGGCGCUGGAGACCGGGGCUCCGGGGGCAGGGAGGAAGUGGGGGGCUGCUGGCUGGUUGCUUCUCGGGGUGAGGUGUUAGCAUAUUGCUUGGCUUUUUUUGUGGGAUUUGAUUUUCUGCAUUCUGGAUGCUGGUGGAACAUACUGGGAGAGAUGCUUUUAGGGUGCAGUUUUACAGUCGUUAAAGCUAGUGCUGCCUUCCUGCUCUUUCAUUCUUAUGCCUGUCCCUGUACUGGCUCUGAUGCUUGUCUGAUACCUGAAGUUGCUGAUUUAGAAGAAGAAAUUGAGAACCAGGAAUGAAAUUUUGUGGUGAAGAAGAUGGACCCUACUAGAAUUUCAAAAGAACAUGCACAUUGUGUCAGAACACUUUUUGGACAUCAAGAAAAUACAGAUUUGCAUGACACAUCCUUUGAAAAUCAAGAAGUAAAGUUAAUGCCAGAAUCAUGUAGAAGCAUGAAACAGGGUCUCCAAAGAGCUGUGCAGAAGGAAGUCCAACGUGUCAUGGGAAGAGCACCACCAAGACCAGAAAAAGCUGCAAUGGAGGCAUUAGGAAUGGAUCUGUACAGGAGAAACAAACCUGAGAAGCAGCCUUUUGCCCAUCUCAUUAUUGACGAUAAGAAUAUUCCAUCUGGAACUCGCAAAGUGAACCUCACAUCCUGGCAUCACGACAAAGGCCAGGCAAACUUAUCAAAUAUGACAUUCAAUGAUGGAAAACUAAUUGUUAAUCAAGAUGGAUUUUACUACCUUUAUGCCAACAUUUGUUUUAGACAUCAUGAAACUUCAGGAAACCUGACUAAAAGAGGGCUUCAGCUGAUGGUAUACAUGAUUAAGACAAACCUUAAAAUAAGGCGCUCUGAUGUGUUGAUGAAGGGAGGAAGCACCAAAUACUGGUCAGGGAAUUCAGAAUUUCAUUUUUAUUCUGUCAAUGUGGGAGGGUUUUUUAAAUUAAAAUCUGGUGAAAUGAUAAGUAUCCAGGUAUCAAACCCAUUGCUACUGGAUUCAUCACAAGAAGCAACUUAUUUUGGGGCAUUUAAAGUAAGGGAUUUAGACUGA